UGCACGUUAAGAUGGCUCUCGACUACAUGAAAACUGUUUAUAGGCAAGAAAGAGAUGUAUCGCCACGAGCAAACAAGACCAGCUAUGGGCACAUGUCUCGAUGGAUGGACGUAACAGAGGGGCCCUUCUUGCCCCCAACCAUCUCCGUCAACCACUACGCUAGCGCCAAUAUGUCCCCAGUCUUCGGCAAGAAGAGAAAACCCUGGGGUAAAGCCCCACCCAAGGAGCGACCCCCGGGGCCCGUGGUGGCUCUAUCCCAGCCUGACAUGGCCAAAGAAGCAGCGAUUGACAGCAGCGUGCCCGUCCACCUCCGCUACAGCCAAAACAACGGUUACGACGACUACCACCGCGCUUUCAGAGUUAUCAGCAACCAAUGGCCGUCAGCUAGUUACCCUACGUUUGGACCACCGAGACUGCGUCAUGGACGUCAGGGAGGCAGCUGGCGUCACGUGACGGAGGUGAUGCAGGCUGGGGGUAGCAGGACCAUGUUCGUGGACGGCCGGACGACGUUGAACGACCGCUACCAGAUGGAGGAGACCCCAGGGGGAGACCUGAUCCUGGGGAGGGAGGGGGACCCACCUAUAAACUUCGACAGCGAGGAAGCCAGGAGAACGGCCUGGAUGGCUAACUACAGGAGAGAGAAAGACGCUGAACCCAAAAUAAAAAUGAUGAUGUACGGGAGCCUGGACAAACAGAAAGGCGUGGAGAAGAACAACUGGAUGAUCAUGAGAUAGUGCUAGUAAUGUUUCCUGUAGCCAGUACCUGUCAGUAUUAGAUGCCCAUGUCACAUACCAUCUGCCUGUGAGCAGAUUAUCUGCAUUUUCCAUGUUACCAUGUCUUUUCCUUACUGUAUCACCCAUAUGUAUGUUAGAACCAUGCUUCCUCGAUAGGCUAUAACAUCCACUCAACUACAAUGUGGUAGACCAAGAUACAAGAGUAUAUGCACAACUUCUAAACAAUAUCUACAUAACGAACUGUGUUCAACUUGAUAACAGUGGAAGUCAUUUGAAAGAUUACUCUUGAAUAAGGGAAAUGGGAGAUAAAUCAACUUCUUUUUCAAACUACCCACACCAAGGUUCCAGUCAUCUUCAGAACUCUUGAAGGCCAUAUUCCAUGUCCAAGAAUUAUUAGAUAACCAUAAGACUGACCAUUCUAUCAGGCAGUAAUGACUAUCAGCAAUUGGUAAUAAUUGAUUAUGUGCAUUUAAAUAGGGAGGACAUAUGAAUAUUGUUGAGGGAAUGAUGACCAACAUGUGAUGUGUGUACAUAUCAAACCUGUGAUAGUAUUAAUGCUCAAUGGGCUCAGAUUCUGAUGAAUCUGGUCACUCUCACCAAGCAGUAUUAGCAGCUGUUCCAUUUCACUGUAAUGUAAAUAUGUCUUUUGAUAUUUAUUUGUGAGUGUGGUGUAUGAUUAUGUAUUGUUACUGUAUCAGAAAUACAUAUUUUUUCUUACCCA